AUGGAAAGAAGACGAAGAACCCGUAAGGGCACACGGAGCUGUUGGGAGUGCAAGCGGAAAAAGAUCAAAUGUACAUUUUCAAUACCGACUAUCAAUACCUGCGACGGCUGUAAACGCCGGGGAAGCUCCUACAUCGGCCAGGAAUUCCCUGAAGGUCCUGGGGAUAAUCGAAGACAACUUGGUGAUAGAAUUGGCGUAGUCGAGGAGCUUGUUGGACAAUUAAUCAACGAUUCCAGAAAUCCCAUCCUGCAGGAAACUUCACUAGGGGCAACCGCUCCAGGUGUAUCCCUGGAAGCCCAAGCAGAUUACCAGCACUCAAGUACAUCUCCCUACUCUGAGGGUUUGAUUACAGCUUCUGAACUCCCGGACGCCGGGCGCUGCCGUUGGUCUACUUUGAUAUCCGACACUCUCGAUAUUCAUGGGGAACAACGAUCAGGAGAUAAAUACGCUAAAAUCUCUCAGGCUCUUCUGGAGGCUUGGCCUUGUUCAAACGACCGGAAUUUUUUAUUAGGUGCUAUUGUUGGAAGCACAGGGUUCUGCGGUGUGGUUUGUACGCCGUACUCCGGCGUCGUCGGGUUUCAAAAGCCUUCUCCAGAAGACAUACUUCGACCCCCAUCACAAAAAACUCACCCGGUCUUAAUUGCCCGGAAACUCAUCAAGGUGGCCGCGUAUCUACAAGGGUUCGCUCCCAAAACAGUCCAGCAGCUCACGGGGUUGAGUAUUUCUCAUCACGAUAUCAUGCAUCGAGCUGUUGAAACCGCGGUUCGGCUAGUAACUAGCAACGAGGACCUUGUCGUAUCAGUGGAAGGUAUUGAGAGCAUAAUGAUAGAGAGCAUGUUUCAAUAUAGCGAGGGAAAUCUUCGUCGUGCAUAUCUAUCUAUGCGCCGCGCAUUAGUGCUUGCUCAAAUGAUUGGUCUCGACAAAGCGGAAUGCAACAACUCGCCAUUGUUGAAGUUCAUCGAUCCAGAGACCCGUGUAUGCAUUGACCCGCAACAAAUGUGGUUUCGGCUUCUUCAAUCCGACCGAUACCUCUCAUUGAUGUUGGGGUUGCCACAAGGAACGGCGGACACCAAUUUUGCUACCCCUGCGGCUUUGGAGGGUCGAACUCCUAUGGAGCGCAUGGAACGGAUUGAUUGCUUAGCUGCCGGACGAAUAAUACAGCGAAACUCUGCUGAUAUGCAGGAUUUAAAGGUGACCCAAGAAAUCGACAAAUUGCUACAAGACGCUGCAGCUUUGAUGCCGCCAAAAUGGUGGCUAGCGCCGGAUCUUACGUCGAGGGCUAUUGACGACAAGGAUGCUAUUCAAGAUACGAUCCGGCUAAUAAAUCAGACUACACACUACCAUCUACUAGAGCGUCUUCAUCUUCCAUAUCUCCUCCAUUCAUCUACGGAUCCUAAAUACGACUAUAGCAGAAUUACAGCUAUUAUUGCCAGCCGGGAGUUACUAUCACGUUUUGUGCCGUUUCAAGGUUCUCGGACUGUUGGGUCUUUUUGUCGUGGCCUCGAUUUCCUCGCCUUCACUGCCAGUACCGCGCUGUGUCUAGCACAUAUCAAUUCCCACCACCAAAGAACGACGCAGCUUGAUGGCGGAGGUGCACUCCUUAGCUUUUUGACCCACCAACGGCCCAGCGAUCGCGGUAUGCUUGAGCAAGUACUUGAGAAUAUGACGGAUGUAGCUCGAACUCGAAAUGAUAUAGCUGCUACAAAGAUUGCCAGUAUCACCCGUCACCUACUCUAUAUCGAGGCCGAUGCUGCCUCUGGCGGCAGUUAUACUACCAAUUCUUCCUAUACUAACGAUGGGGAAGAGAUAGACUACAACGGAAAGAUCAGUGACGGUGGAACAGUUUUGAGAAUAUACAUCCCAUAUCUAGGUACAAUUAAGAUUGAGAGAGAUAGAAUCUCUAGGUCUGACACGGCGUUGCCGCCGACAGCAAUUUCCAACUUUGACCCACCCCAAUCUGAGGUCUUACUGACAAAUUACGAACAAAACCAAGUACUUGGGGAUAAUUUUCUGUCCGACUCUCGCCAGCCAGGCUUUAAUUCUGAUGGCUCUACGUUUACGGACGCACAAUGGUUUGUCCCUAGCUUGGAUCUCGGUAACGAGUGGGAUUUACAAGGCGUGGACCUAGCAUUUUUCGAUAGUGUCUUCCGAUUUUGUGGUGAUGAAUAA